AUGACGGCUUCUGAACCUUCAAACAAACCUGGAAACGUAAUCAGCACCAUUGUGGCAAACCAGCACAACAGCCCAGACGUGCGUUGCGGUCGCGACAUCGUCGACAUUUUCAACGGUGCAAUGCGUCGACGGCGUCCUGAAAGAUUGAAGAGAACUCAACUUCCCCGGCCGUGGUGUCGUAUCAACUUAAACAUUAUUCACGCCGCUGAUUCAACUCAACUAUCGAGCUCAAGACCGUCCCGGCAGCGGUGGCGUCAGUGGUUCAGGAGGAUAUAG